AUGCAUGGCUACAGCCGCCUUGGUAGGCCCAAAAGCGGCGGCGUCGGUCCCGCUCCCGCUCCCGGCAGCCACUCCUCCUCCUCCUGGUCCAAACUCGUAUUCCUUCUCAUGUCCGCCAUUUUCAGACGACGAGGCUUGCUUCUAUUCGCUCCUCUUUUGUAUAUUUCCGGAAUGUUGCUGUAUAUGGGUUCCUUAAGCUUCGAUGUUGUUCUUGUACACAAACACCCUCGCCCUCAUCCUGGUUCUCUUUACACAACUCCUCUACUCUUUCGUAAUCUUUGGCCUUUCAUGGAAGCUGACAAUGCUACUUCUAGCAAUGUUUUGAUGAAUGCUUGGAGUUUGAAAGAGGAUACACAAUGGAAGCCUUGUGCUAAUAAAACUCUUUCUCAAAUAGAGUUGCCCAAGUCAAACGGUUACCUUAUAAUUGAAGCAAACGGUGGACUGAAUCAGCAACGCCUCUCGAUAUGUGAUGCAGUUGCUGUGGCUGGACUACUAAAUGCUACUCUUGUUAUUCCAAUAUUCCAUUUAAAUAGUGUUUGGAGAGAUUCAAGCCACUUCGGUGACAUUUUCGACGAAAAUUUCUUCAUACAAUCUCUCGAGAAACAUGUGCAUGUGGUAAGAGAACUUCCAGUUGACGUACUUGAACGGUUUGGCAAUAAUGUAAGUAACAUUGUCAACCUCAGAGUAAAAGCCUGGUCCAGUCCAUCUUACUAUCUUAAGAAGGUUCUUCCUCAUCUUUUGGAAAUGAGUGUUGUUCGUAUUGCACCUUUCUCCAACAGAUUAGCUCCAUCAGUACCCUCAAAAAUCCAAGGGCUAAGGUGCUUUGCCAACUAUGAAGCUAUUAGAUUUUCUGAACCUAUUAGAACCCUUGCAGAAACCAUGGUUGAUCGGAUGAUUAAACAUAGUUCCCAAAGUGGUGGGAAAUAUGUUUCAGUGCACCUUCGUUUUGAGGAGGAUAUGGUUGCAUUUUCAUGUUGUGUGUAUGACGGUGGGGCAGAGGAGAAACGUGAAAUGGAUAUUGCUCGUGAAAGGAGUUGGCGAGGUAAAUUCAGAAGAAAGCAUAGGAUAAUAAAGCCCGGUGUACAUCGGGUGGAGGGUAGAUGUCCUUUGACUCCAUUAGAGGUAGGAGUGAUGCUUAGAGGCAUGGGAUUCGAUAAUACCACUUCAGUUUACGUUGCUGCAGGAAAAAUUUAUAAAGAACAAAAGUACAUGGCACCACUUAAACAAAUGUUUCCACGAUUAGUAACAAAAUAUACCCUGGCAAGUCCAGAAGAGCUUGCUCAAUUUAAGCGCCACUCAUCUAGGUUGGCUGCUCUUGAUUAUACUGUCUGCCUUCAUAGUGAAGCAUUUGUUACGACUCAGGGUGGAAAUUUUCCUCACUUCUUGAUGGGUCACAGGAGAUAUAUGUACGGUGGACAUGCAAAGACCAUUAAACCCGAGAAGAGAAAAUUGGUUGUAUUAUUCGAUAACCCUGAUGUAAGAUGGGAAGUAUUUAAGCAGCAAAUGAAAGACAUGCUUCAGCAUAGUGAUCAAAGGGGAACCGAAGUAAAAAAGACUGGUGAAUCCCUAUAUACUUUUCCCAUGCCAGACUGCAUGUGUAAACAGGUAGAACCCAACAAUGAAAAUGCUAACAUUAUAUUAUGA